UAAUUUUUAAAUAAUUGCAUGUGUUUUGUUAUCAAUAUUUUCACUAAGGUUUUUUUUUUUUGUUUUCAAAUUUCAUUGAUGUCACAAAGGCGAGCUUCAUUGCCCAAUCCAAAGUGCAUAUAAUCACUACGUCAAUCAUUCACUCACACAUUCUUCAGUACAACUCUUCACCACACUAACUAAACGUCAAGUCAAACUCAAAUCGGCCGACACCGAUUCGCAGUCGUGUCAAAACGACGCUUUCUGGGAGAAAAUUGUUAUAAUAUUAAACUCUAAGAUAUUUUUUCUUAAAACAGAUCAACAUGACUGAAACAACAGAGGUAGUAAAAAUCAACAAAUGGGAUGGUGCUGCGGCGAAAAAUGCUAUCGAUGAUGCGGUCAGAGAGGUGUUAACUGGAGAUCUGAAAUGUAAAGAGAGCUUUGCACUUAUUGAUGGUCGUCUGUUCCUCUGUGCACUCGCUGUUGGUGUUGCCCUGUAUGCCCUGCUCUGGGACUACUUAUACCCAUUCCCCCAGUCAAGGCUGGUGCUAAUCAUCUGUGUGUCUUCCUAUUUUGUGCUAAUGGGCAUGCUGACCCUGUACACAACUUUCAAAGAGAAGGGCAUAUUUGUGGUUGCCAAGGAGAAGGUUGGGAACAACACCAGAGUGUGGGAAGCCAGCUCAUAUGUGAAGAAACAUGAUGAUAAAUACAACCUGAUCCUGGUCCUCCGCGACUCCAACGGCAAGUGCCGAGAAGCCUCCAUCAACAAGUCCUUUGCCAACUUCAUUGACACCAACGGAACAGUUGUCCAAAACCUUGUACUGACUGAAGUAAACAAGUUGUAUAACUCUCUGUCCACGGAGAAGAAGGAGAAGUAAUCUAAAGUUCAAUCUAUGACUGCAAUUUCGUCUCAAUAAAUAAUUUCUAACUA